AUGUUGGAAACUAUUUUGCUUGUUCCCUUUGGUGUUGCGCUAUGGGCCCUUUCUAAGAAACAGGCCAGACAGCAAGAGAUUAUUGGUGCUUUGGAGGCCACAAUUAUUAGCCAGCGGGAGGAAUUGAACCGAGUUUUGCAGACAGGUGAUAAUAGGGACUCUUCACGCUUGGCCGCAUAUUCAGUGCUGACAGUAAUGGGUAUUUAUGGCUGCUUACUACUAGUCAGACGAGCGUCAACAUCAUCUAUUAGUAGUGAGUCACCACCAUCGACGUAUAUUCCGUCUCCUGCACGUCAUGAAGGGGAAGAGUGUGUGGUUUGCAUGAGUUUCAAACGAGAUACCUUGUUUGAACCCUGUCGUCACCUAUGUGUCUGUUGGAUAUGUUCUGAAGGUAUGUCUUACUGUCCAGUUUGCCGGCAAAAGACGAUGAGACGACAAUUUACUUUUAUUCCCUAG